GCUGUUGGACAUUGGACCUUUUUUUUUUUAUUAUUAAUUUCCUACAUGUAUGAGCAUAUGUUUCAUAGUUGAUGUCACAGGUGAAUGGCUCAUAUCUGUUUAUGAUGAGUCCAUGCUCAGUGACAGCCACUUAAUCGGCUGUUUAAAAUAGUUUUUGCAACAUGUUUUUCACCUGAAGGCCACCGUAGUAUGGAUUUUAGGCCGAAAUAGCUCAGUUGGGAGAGCGUUAGACUGAAGAUCUAAAGGUCCCUGGUUCGAUCCCGGGUUUCGGCAGCUAGGCAGCUGCGUUUUGGAUGCAUGCUACCGUGAUGGUGUGGGGGUCAUCAUGGUGCAGUGCCUGUUGUUGAUCUUCUACAACAGCUGUGUGUUUCUCUUCAUUGGUACUUGCGUAUUGGGACUGUGCAUAAGUAGUGUGUUCCCCUCAAUGCUGGCCUUUACAGAGGAUGUACUGGACUACAAAGGUUGUGCCACAACUGUCCUGGUGACCAGUGCCAGCACAGGAGAGAUGAUGCUGCAGCUUCUUGUAGGAUCUGUGAUCCACAGUCAGGGCAGUUACUCUUUCCUGGUGUGCUGUACAAUAGCAUCAUUCAUUGCCUUCGGCCUGUUCCUGCUGUUCCUUUAUAUCCAGCACAUCCACAAAAAUUACCCAACGAGUGAUCACACAUCAGACUCAUCUAAAAGCAUAGACAUGGAAGAGAAGCCAGACAAGACAGGAGGCUCCUGAUCCGAGGAUCCCUGAGAGGCUGACGGAGUGCGUCUGCCGAGUCGAGGCACAAUCUCUGACGUUCUGACAUCUUACCUCAGCGUUGGCCUUCUCCCAAAUGAACAUUUUUCUGGACCUAAAGUGAAUUCUUCUUUCAAGCCUGGGGAUCAAAAAGUGGUUAAUUUAAUUUCUUCAUAACUGCUGUAGAGAGAUACACUUAAAUUAUCAAGUAUUGUCUUUUCAAUGUGAAUGUGCAAACACUGGAGAGGUUAAAGUCUUGCUGCUUAUGUCAAUACACAUGCAACAUAAUUGGUGCUGCUGUUAAAAUAUGACUCAUAUCAGCCUGUGUAAGUACUGUUGUCAUUUCCUGGUGGUCGAAUGGACAAAAACACAGAAUGUAAUGACAGAAUACAGACAGGUGGUUAGUUAGAGAUCUUUUAUUAUUGGUCUCACCCAUCUCUUUCAUUAUGAACACUUCCUCUACGCCUCUCACACAUCGAUACGCCACUUAAGACAAGUAGCUUGUAAACAUUU